GAUUUCAAUGCCUAAACGCCAAUGGAACAAAGAAGACAAUAAGGGAGGCUCCCCGCAUAAGAAGAGGAAGGCCAUCGGGUCUAAGGAUACAAGACCCACCAUCUCUGAUUCUCCAACCCAGAAGAUCGUGUCGAGCUCGAAUGCAGCCCUGACAAAUGACGAAGCAGUGAAUUUUCCUCGAGGGGGUGGUUCUGGUUUAUCGAAGUUUGAGCUAAAGGUUAUACGUUCUCAAGCAUCUAGAGAUGUUGAGCAAGCACUUGUGAAGAGUUCUUCGUCGAGGAGUGAGAAGAAUAAAAUGCGGUUGUUAGCUGCAGCGCAAAAGGCGUUCAAUGCCAAGGAUACUGAUAAGGGUCAAGCAACUAUAGCCGCACCAGUCCUUCCGGAGGACGACCUUGUUAAUGAUAGUCACGUCGGGAAGAUCCAUCAACUUGGGUUUGAGAAUAUUUCCGUUGGACACUCGGUGCUCUGUCAGGUGACAUUCAUACAUCCACUGGCCCUGAUCGCAUCUCUUCCCAACGGGUUAACGGGCCAUAUACCAAUCACACAAAUAUCACCCACUUUGACUCAUUUACUCGUGAAACGACGCGAACUGCUGCAGAACGCAGUGGACAUUAACGAUAACGCAGAAACGGAUGGCGACGACGAAACGAAGGAGUUGCCUCAUUUGUCCGAAAUGUUCUCGAUAAGGCAGUAUAUACCGGCCGUGGUGACUGGACUGCAUGGUCCUGGCCAAACGGUCACAGCCAGUGGGAAGGAUUUGCAGUUCUUGUACGAAAUUUCAGAUGAAAACGUGAAGGGCUGCGCCCGAAUUGAGCUGAGUAUCGCACCGGAUAUAGUGAAUGAAGGAGUUUCGGACCGUGAUGUAGUUGAAGGCUCACUUCUUUCGGGUGCAAUCAAAUCGGUAGAGGAUCAUGGAUAUAUUGUCGAUUUUGGCAUAAACUCUCUCUCAGGAUUCCUUCCUAACCAGGUGACUCCUGCCGUUGCACCAGUCGACUCACUGUCCCCAGUACAGAACGAUGAGGAUGGUGUACGGCUUUUCAAGGGUCAAGUUCUGUUCAUUCGCGUUAUUUCCAUUGCGCCCAACCGUCGUAUCGCUACCCUUGCGUUAUCAUCUUUAGGAUCAUCUACAGUGAUUACCGAUGUCUCGCAGCGUUCAUCAAUAAUCCCAGGGUCACUCGUAUCAGGACGCAUUACUUCGAUGCAUCCAGACGGUUUGGUGCUUCAAAUUUGUUCUCGAUUUGGUGGCACUGUAACUCUUUAUCACACGGGGUCACCCAACGAAAUCAAGGAUCUUGAAGAAACGUUCAAGUUAGAGAAAAGCUUGGGUGCACGCAUCCUGUGGAAAUCUUCAAAGACCUUUGGUGUUUCUCUGUUGCCUCACAUCCUUGCUCUCGAGCCUGCCACAGUUUCACAACACGCUGUAACCCGCCCGGGCAACGCGCGGAAGGCAGCAUCGAAAAUUCGCGAGGAGCCCAGUCCCACCAAGGUAGCCCUUGGUGUCGCAUAUCCGAUUGGAGCGAUCCUUGAGCAUGUUUCGGUAAUCAGAGUAAAUAGCACCGGUCUCGCUUGCGAAAUAGUGGACAAGCAAGGGCGAUCACUGGGAGUACCUUGCGAUGCUCAUAUGUCGAAUAUCUCGUCUACGGAAAUCGCUUCUCUCUCUAGCACUUCGGGUCCCUAUAAACUUGGGAGUAGACACAAGGCUCGUGUUAUAAGUAUAUCACAUAUAGAAGGUCUCCUUCUAGUUUCCUUAAAAGAGAGUGAUAUCAAGCAAGCACACUUCUCCAUGUCGGAUGUCAGAGUGGGUGAGAUUGUCGAGGUCACAAUAAAAUCAAUUUCCACUACUGGCAUAGUUGGGUCAAUUUCCGAUACGCUACCUGACGUUACGAUUCCGCCACUUCAUUAUGCAGAUGUCCCCCCGGAAAAACUGGAGACCCGGUUCAAGAUCGGAGAAAUCGAGAAAGGAAGGGUACUGACUGUUGAUCCGGGGAAUGGUCGCAUCACACUCACUUUCAAGGAAACAUUGCUGAGCACAGACCUCCCCCUCAUAAUGUCCGUUGGGGAUGUCCAAAAAGGGAUGCUUUCUCAUGGCGUGAUACUGCAUGUGGGACAAAAGUCCGCUUCGGUCGCUUACUUUGGAGGUGUGAAAGCAAUCAUACCGAUCAACGAGGCUGGAGACGAGCCCCUUACUCUGGGGCAAAUUGUGAGAACGCGAGUCAUUCGUGUAGAUCAGGAAACAGUCAUCGCAAGUGUCCGUCGAGCAGCCCCAAAGUUCUCCCUUCCCUCUGACGUCGCUACCAUCCCCGUCGGCUCUCCCGUUCAUGGGAGAGUAUCGGAAAUAUUGUCGCAAAGGAUAAUGAUAAACUUAGAGCCGUCAGGUGUACGAGCGUUGGCACGGAUCGGGCGCCUCUCUCGGACCUGGGGACUUACUCCCGAAGCCGUAAAGGACAGUGUUAAGAUUGGAGAUGAGCUUGACAAUCUCAAAGUCGUGGACACGAACAGCACAAAAGGAUUCGUUGUUGUGGAGGCCACUGCUGACACCACCCCAAUCCGCAAGGGUACUGAACAACCGAGCACUCAUGUCGCGGCCGAGGAGGUGGGAUUUUCGGGCCCCACCGCCUUGGAUGCUGAGCGAGAGGAGGCUGACCACUCGCGCAGUGGAGAUGAUCAGCGAAUACCAAAAUCGGAUGGAAUGCCAAGUUUACCGGGUGUUGUCCGGAGUGAGGAAGGUGGAGACAAUUUCCCUUUGGCCCCUUUGCAAAUCGAAAGUGGAUUCAAUUGGGGCCGACCAUCGACUUCGAAUGACGUGGGUGUCGAAUCAAGUUCUGAAGAGGAGGAUGCGGAUGCGGAAACUCGCGAUGCUAAAUCUCGGAAAAAACGGCGAAAGAAGAUCCAGAUGGACAUGACGGUGGAGAUGCUCACCAAGACUCCGCAAUCCACCGCGGAUUUUGAAAGGGUGCUUCUCGGUUCACCCAACUCCUCUUUCCUUUGGAUUCAAUUCAUGUCAUUCCAACUUCAGUUGUCUGAAGUUGAGAAAGCCCGACAAAUUGCCCGUCGAGCGCUCAAUACAAUCAAUUUCCGUGAGGGAAAGGAGAAGCUUAAUGUUUGGAUUGCUUAUCUCAAUCUUGAAAUUACUUUCGGCACAAACGAAACAAUGGAAGCCGUAUUCGCUGAUGCUUGCCGGUACAACGAUUCGAAAACCGUGCACCUACGUUUUGCCGCCAUAUUGGAUGGCAUACAGAAGCAUGAGAAAGCCGAAGAUAUUUACAAGCGUGCGGCGAAGAAAUUUAGCCGAAGCUCCAAAGUCUAUACUCUCCUUACCGAACAUUAUCUCAAGAAGGGUAUGUUUAACGAGGCUCGAAAUCUUCUCCCUCGCAGCCUCAAAAAUCUGGAGAAGAGGAAACAUCUCAAGACAAUCUUAAGGACAGCCCAACUCGAGUACAGCUGUGGAGAACCUGAACGGGGGAGAACACUCUUUGAGGGGAUCGUCGACUCUUAUCCUAAACGGCUCGACCUCUGGUCGGUAUACAUUGACAUGGAGGCAUCAAAGCGGAAUAUGGAUUUUAUUAGGUUGCUCUUCGACCGUAUUUUGUCCCAAAAGUUAAACAAUGUGAAAGCGAAGAACACCUUUAAGAAAUGGUUAGCCCUGGAGAAGAGGGUAGGGACUAAAGAGGGCGAAGAUGCAGUCAAAUCCCGUGCCAUUGCUUGGACUCAGUCCUCAACUGGGUCAUAAGUACACAAAAAUAAAAACGCAGGUACUAGUUAUACAUUAGGAAUGGGUAAUAUGAGUCUGAGCAUGAUGAAAUUCCGAAGAAAUGCCGCGAAAUGAGUGACUAGACGAUAGCUGGAUACGUGUCUGGAGCCAGAAACAAGCGGAAGAGGGUGAAAGCUAAGGAGAGUGAAGGAUCACUAUCGGGGAGACUUAUUUCGUAAUAAGGAGUGUGCAUGAGAUGGUGGUUCUAAAUGACUAAGGCGACGCGAAUUUGACGACGCUGCGAGCCAGUCGUCCAAUUCAUUAGACAGAGCGUCGAAAGCCUCCGCAUUCUCGGAGGUGGGGUGGAUACUUGACCCUCCGGACAGUUGUAUGUCUCCGCCUCGAGAUAUCCCAGGCUGGUCGACGUCCAACAGCAAACCUAUGCGUUGCUGUAGUAAUUCAUUUUCACGCUUGAGAGC